UCGACGUGGCAAUUCUAGAAGCAUCUUCGCGCGAGACCUCGUUCAAGCCACAAAACGUGCAUGAUACAGCCCGGCGAUAUUUGUCAAUAGCCCUCACUACACCGGCGCAUCGUUCGACCUUUCUGCAGCGGGUCGAUUUUUUCACUCCCGCUUGCAGUAGUUGUGAUGCUGCCAUGAGGACGUGGCAAGCCCUGGCGAUCGGUCCGUUUCUCGUUGUCGACAUGAAUAUAAAUUGGGUGGCGUGACCGUCGGAGUCGCAUGCGGAAGCUCCGACUUCGCCGAGCAUACUCCGCUCGGGCUCUCAAGUUCUGCGGGCAUGCUUGCAAUGACAUAGCUCACGCAACAAUAUGAAAAGCGUCGCGGCCUGAUCCUUGCAGCAAUAAUGGCAGAUACGUGGCGCUCGAUCGCCAGCCGCAAGCAGGAGGAACGCGCAUCUCGCAUCCCGCACGCUUGGCUGCUCCCCUCCUCCAUCGACCCCAAUCGGCAUGACGUCCUCGACGUGCCUCGUGAGAGCGGCAUCUUGUCCCCCGCCGAGCUGCGCCUAACGGGAGAAUACGAUGCCACCGCCCUGCUGGCCGGCCUGGGCAGCGGCCUACUCAAAAGUGUGGACGUCGUUACCGCUUUCUGCAAACGCGCGGCGAUUGCGCAGCAAGUGAGCAACUGCCUGACCGAGAUCUUCUUCCACGACGCCAUUGCGCGCGCGCGCGAGCUGGACGCGUAUUUCGCCAAGACGAGGAAGCCGAUCGGCCCACUGCAUGGACUGCCCAUCUCCAUCAAGGACUCCUUCCAGGUGAGGGGCUACGAUGCGUCGCUGGGAGUCGCCGCGCUGUGCUUUCGCCCGUCCACGAGCAAUUCGGCGCUCGUGGAGCUUCUCCUCUCGCUCGGAGCGGUGCUGUACUGUAAGACGAAUGUUCCGUUGACAAUGAUGGCGUUGGACAGCCAUAACAACGUCUUUGGCCGGACGUUGAACCCUGCCGAUCGCCGCUUGACUGCCGGCGGAUCUUCGGGAGGUGAAGGCGCUCUGGUGGCCAUGCGAGGCUCGAUCUUGGGGAUCGGCACUGAUGUCGGCGGCAGUAUACGUGUGCCGGCUUAUUGCAAUGGCAUCUAUGGGGUCAAGCCCUCGCACGGCCGCGUACCAUAUGCUGGCCAAGCGAUUGGGGGGCCGGCUGGCUCGAGUAAGCUGGCAAUCGAAUCAACGGCUGGCCCAAUCGGUGUCAGUGUUCGUGAUUGCGAACUGCUCCUCCGCGUGAUCAGUGAUAGCGAUGCUGCGUCACGGGACCCGGAUGUGGUUUCCCAAACAUGGCAAGAACAGCGGGCAUUGUCUAUCUCGCGAUCGCUUUUUGUAAAGAGCCAACCUUUGCGAGUGGGCAUUGUCCGGACAGAUGGGCACGUGACGCCUUUGCCGCCAAUCCAGCAUUUCAUCGACGAGGUGGCACACACUCUAUCCUCGCAUGGGUCGAGAAUUGAGGUGGUUGAUCUCGACAUUGGCACGCUCGGAGCACAGUGCCUCAAAGCAUUUAAUGGAAUCGUCUCCAUCGAAGGCGCGAACAACUGGUUCGACCUAUUAGAGAAAACCGGCGAGCCAAUCUCACCCUGGCUCUCCACCCGACUGCGUCGCCGGCCCCAAAAGAGCGUCAAUGAAGUGCGCAGCCUACAAGCGCAAAGAACAAGCCUGCUGACCCAAUGCCUCGACAUCUGGCAUGAAAAGGGCGGGUACUGGAAUACAUCUGACAGCCGGGCAAGAAGAGGUGAGCGGAGCGUGGACGUGAUCAUCUGUCCGGCUGCCCCUCAUCCUGUCCCUCCAAUCGACAGGUGGAACUCGGCAAACUAUACGUCGAUGUUCAAUCUCCUCGACUGGCCGGCGGCGGUCUUGCCGGUGCGGAAGUUUCAGGAGAGAGAUCUGCGGGGGGAGGUUGGGGGUGCGGAGGCGUUGAAUGGAUGGGAUAAGGUCAAUAGGGAGCUGUGGACGAAGGUGGAUCGUGCGGUGUAUGUGGGAAGCCCGUUGUCUGUGCAAGUGGUGGCGCCGAGAUUGAUGGAGAGGAAGCUGGUGGAGAGUCUGGCGGUGCUGGAGAAGGCUUUGGAACCGUUACGGGAAAAGGAUUUGAACAGCAAAAGCAGGCUGUAGGAGAGCAGACAAAUGGCGUGUAAAUACAGUUAUAUGUAUCGCACAGCGUACUAUUUCACA